AACGGCCCCUGGAUCCCUGGAACGGCUCCUGGAUCCCUGGAACGGCUCCUGGAUCCCUGGAACGGCUCCUGGAUCCCUGGAAUAGCUCCUGGAUCCAUGGAAUAGCUCCCGGAACAGCCCCUGGAUCCCUGGAACGGCCCCUGGAUCCCUGGAACAGCUCCUGGAUCCAUGGAAUAGCCACUGGAACAGCCCCUGGAUCCCCGGAACGGCCCCUGGAUCCCUGGAACGGCCCCUGGAUCCCUGGAACGGCUCCUGGAUCCCCGGAACGGCUCCUGGAUCCCUGGAAUAACUCCUGGAUCCAUGGAACAGCUCCUGGAUCCAUAGAAUAGCCACUGGAACAGCCCCUGGAUCCCCGGAACGGCCCCUGGAUCCCCGGAACAGCCCCUGGAUCCAUGGAAUAGCUCCUGGAUCCCUGGAACAGCUCCUGGAUCCCUGGAAUAGUUCCUGGAUCCCUGGAAUAGCCACUGGAACAGCCCCGGAACAGCCCCUGGAUCCCUGCCCGGCGCUUUCCGGGCGUUUUUUCCUGCGAGCAGGAGAAUCCCCGGAUUCCCAAACCCCCGGAUUCCCGAACCUCUGGAUUCCCGAGCCCCGGAUUCCCGAACCUCUGGAUUCCCGAGCCCCGGAUUCCCGAACCUCUGGAUUCCCGAACCUCUGGAUUCCCGAACCUCUGGAUUUCCGAGCCCCGGAUUCCCGAGGCGCCGCUCCGGAGUGUCCCGGCCGGGCUCCGAUCCCUUUCCCAGCCGCGGCCGCUCCCAGCGCCGCUUCCCGGGAAUCCCGGCCCGGGAGGAGCCGCCCGACGCAGCCGCCGCUGCUUUCCCUGGAUUUCGGUUUUCUCCCUGGAUUUUUUGGCACCGCGGACACCGGGGUGUGGCCGAGGCCGAGACUUCUUCCUUCCUUCCUCAUCGUCCGGCUUUUCCUGGGAUUGUCCCGAGGGUUUUCCUGGGAAAAGGGAGGACCCGGCAGGUCCCGCAGUCCCCAUGGAAUUGUCAGCGCCGCGCUGCCCCCGCGCCGGACCCUCCGCUGGAUCCCCGAGGCUGUCCUGAGCCGGCCAGCUGGGCCGCGUGCCGGCGGCCGCCAUGUCCACCAAGGUGCCGAUCUACCUGAAGCGGGGCAGCCGCAAGGGCAAGAAGGAGAAGCUGCGCGACAUCCUGUCCUCGGACAUGAUCAGCCCGCCGCUGGGCGACUUCCGCCACACCAUCCACGUGGGCAGCGGCGGCCAGAGCGACGCGUUCGGGGACAUCUCCUUCCUGCAGGGCAACUUGCACCUGCUGCCCGGCGGCCGCGACGCCGAGCGCGGCGGGGCGGCGGCGCCGUUGGAGUCCUCGCGCGCGGCGCCGCCGCUCCAGAACGCCGUUUCGCUGCCGGCGCUCGGCGCCGCCCGGGCGCUGAGCCUGCCCGCGGCGCGGGCCCCGCCGAAACCCCCGCGGCUGCGCCCGGACGAGGCCCCGGCGCCGCCGUCGUCCCCGCGGCCCGGCGCCGGCGAGGCCGAGCCCUUCCCGGCGCACGCCGGCUCGCUGCUGUCCCUGCACGUGGACCUGGGGCCGUCCAUCCUGGAGGACGUGCUGCGGGUCAUGGACCGGCACCGGGCCGAGCGCGGCGCCCGCCCGGAGAUCCGGACGUGACGGCGCGGGGAGGCGGACGGCGAGGAUGAGGAUGGCGAGCAGGAUGCGGGGCGGUUUUCGGAUACGGCGCUCGGAUUCCGGCUCAGAUCCCAGCUCUGAUUACAGCUCAUAUUCCAGCUUGGAUUCCAACUCAGAUCCCAGCUCGGAUUCCGGCUCAGAUCCCAGCUCAGAUCCCAGCUCAGAUCCCAGUUCUGAUUCCAGCUCAGAUUCCAGCUCAGAUCCCACCUCGGAUUCCAGCUCGGAUUCUGGCUCAGAUCCCAGCUCAGAUCCCAGCUCAGAUCCCAGCUCGGAUCCCAGCUCGGAUCCCAGCUCAGAUCCCAGCUCGGAUUCCAGCUCUGAUUACAGCUCAGAUUCCGGCUUGGAUUCCAGCUCAGAUCCCAACUCAGAUCCCAGUUCUGAUCCCAGCUCAGAUCCCAGUUCUGAUCCCAGCUCAGAUCCCAGCUCAGAUCCCAGCUCAGAUUCCAGCUCAGAUCCCAACUCAGAUCCCAGUUCUGAUCCCAGCUCAGAUCCCAGUUCUGAUCCCAGCUCAGAUCCCAGCUCAGAUCCCAGUUCUGAUCCCAGCUCAGAUCCCAGCUCAGAUCCCAACUCAGAUCCCAGCUCGGAUCCCAGCUCAUUUUCCGCCUUUCCUCUCGCCGGGUGAGGGUUCACCCUCAGGGCAGAACCCCCGAGCUCUCCUCAGUGCCAGAGCUGACCACGGGAAACGCGACCCCGUGUCUGUCGGACCCCGCGGGAUGAAUUCCUCUUUUGGGAUGAAUUCCCAAAGAUUCCGGCCAGGAGGAUUUGGGGGCGCAGCGGGGUUUGUUCUGAACCGUCACGGCGCCGUCACUUCAACUCCUGCUCCGUGAAAUCCUUUGGAAAUCCCAGACAGGGCAAUCUCCCCCGGGAGAUCUCGCCAAAACUCCCCGUGGAGAAGCCAAAAGUCCCCGUGGAGGAGCAGGGCUCUUGUUUUAGGAACUCAAUCCACGGAGGGGCCAAAAAACCCCUCUGGGGCCGGCAGGAGCAGGGCUGGGCUGGGAAUCCUCGAGGAGACGCAAAACCAACCCAAAAUCCCGAUCCGGGCCGACGGAUCCGCCGCCGACUGUUUGGGAGCGGCGGGAACGGGGAAUUCCAGCUGGAUUUUGGGGAACGGGACAAAAACCCAGCUGGACACGCUGCCGGUGACGGGGGGGAUUCGCGGGGCCUCCUUGCCCAGGCUCCUGUCACAAAUUCCAUCUUUUCCCGAUUCCGGGGAGUUUGAGCCCAGAAUGAGGCCGGGAUCCCCCCAGGGCAGAGUCGGGCCCCUCCUGACCAGCGAGUCUAAUUUAGAUUAUCUGACUAAUGACUCAUUAGAUUCUCCUUAACGAACCCUUGUCCCGCCUCUUCCUUCCCCUCCCCCUCUGCGUCGGUAAACCCGAACCGCUUUUGGUGCAAACACCCAGAAUUUGGGGAUAAACCCAUUUCCCAACGUUUUCGUCUGUAAAAUAAUUAGCAGACCGAGGUUGAUUGGGCUCGAUCAGGUUUAAUUUCUAUUUGGUCCAACUCUUCCCUGCUCUGAACUCUUUUCUCCCCCCACACUCUGUCCACAUUUUAUUUAUUUUGGGAUUUUUCCUCGCCAAAUCAAUUCCAGCCGUUUCAGA